AUCAUGAUUAAGGAGGAGUGCAAAGCGCUGCUGGACGCGCUCAGCAGGGUGACCGCCUGCUACCGGCACAUGGUGCUGACCAUCGGCGGCACCUCGGACUCCCAGAACCUGCGGGAGGAGCUCAAGAAGACCCGGCAGAAAGCCCAGGAGCUAGCGGUGGCCAACAGGAACAAGCUCACCACGGUCCUGAAGGACAAAACUGUCAGUAAGGAAGAUAAAGCCGAGUUCGAGAGGCUAUGGGUGAUUUUCUCCACGUGCCUAGAGAUCCUGGAGAUCGACAUGAGGAGAGCCCUGGAGCUGGGCCACGAGUUCCCACUAAACGUCCCCAAAAAGCACCUGAUCCAGACGGGCAUGAGUGGGGGAACGUCUGGCGUGGCCGCCAGGGCGAUGAGCGUCCAGAACAUGAAAUAUGAGGCUGAGCGCAAUAUAGACGUGGUGGAUUUGAAAGACCUGGAGAAUGAAAUCAACCAGGUAGGAGAGAUGAUGUACGAGAUGGAAAUGAAGGUCAAUGUCCCCCAGUGGACAGUAGAGGCUAAGCAAGACCCAGGGGCUGAACUAAAAUCCACCAUCAGCGUGGGCGCUUCUUCUAUUGGCAUGAUCUCUGUGGAGGAAAAUAAAUCCUUCUGCGAUAUCAGCAAAGUUCUGGCUGGGAUUAUUUUCUCUGCUGUGCUCAUUAUCGCUAUUGUCCUGGCAGUCUGUGUGGUAAAACUCUCCUAGGGCAGCGCAGGCUCCGCCAAGAGUGACCCCCCCCUCCAGCCUGUCUUGGGAGCGUGUCAUUUCAAAACGGGUCACUCGGAUGAGCUGAGAAUUUAAACCUAGCACUUGAAAAAACAAAGGAAAACUUUUGCCUCUCAGUAUCCUAAAAUGCACGAUUUGUUUCUUCUUGCUUUUUGAAGAAAAGAGAUGCAAAUCAACCUGCAGAAUAGGAUGUCUUCAUCUGCUGGACUCGUAACGGUUAACUAUGAAGUACCAGGGUAUUAUCACUACUGGCUAUAACAGGGAUUUGUCUGCUAUUAAUAGAUCACUGUUCUCAGAAGCCUGUAUUUUUUGUUCUUUAAUAGGCUCUGGUAUUUGCUGCUGGUCACUGUUUACAGUAUUUGAAAGUAAUACAAAUUUGGAGGCUAACACAGAUGUUUUGUCCGACAAAGUGAACAGAAUAAUAUUGGGGUUUUUUUAAUCAAAUACACAAAAUGUUAUUUCAGUGGAGGAGAAGGGCAAGGAUGAAAACCCCAAUAAAAGAAUGUAAACAACCUCUAUUUUAGCUAAGUUCAUGGUUGGGGGGGGAAAGGUGUGAAGGAGGAUGGAGAAAACAGAACAAGCAAGGUUUGAUACCAAAUACUGUUUGUUGAUUUAGACUGGAUUUUACAGAACCCAGUUGCAUGGGUUGGCAGAGCAUACAUGAAUGACUAAUGGCUUUCCAAAUCCCCAGAGAAAAAAGGGAGAGUUGCACAUUCAAAAAAACACUAGCAAGCCUCGUGGGUCUCAUCCACAUUUACCACGAUUUUGUCUUCCCCUGCAGAAAGGCUGAUUCUUGCCACUAGUUCAAUGUUUUUUCUUUCUGUAGAAGCAAACAGGUUGCAUUUCACAGUUAAUUAUGAAAAUAGGAGCAAUGAGUCUACCCACAGCAGAAGCAGUAAUUUUUGAAAAUAGAUGCUGGCAAACAAAAAUGAUGUUGGAGUUAAAGCAGACCUUUCUAAUAAUCCAAAAAGAUAUCCCCUCUCAUGUUGACAGACAGGGAUUGAUGCCUGUGUAUGUACAGUCACAUUCCUGCAAGCUCCUGAAUUCUUUGCAGAAAUCCAGACAAAGCUAAAAACGUGUCUCAGUUUCAUCUCUCAUUCAUGCCUGAUUCAUCAUUUGGGAAACAGGAAGCCUGGAGGAUUGGUCCAAUUGGAUAUCCUGCAAUUGCUCUUGCAAUCCAAGAGCAGCAUAAAACUUUCCAGCGCCUCCCUAUAAAAUUGAGAACAUUUAAAUUUGGGGGGACAGACCCUAACUUUCCAGAGAAGCUCUAUAACGUUUUGUAAAAGGACGCAUGUAAUAUGGUAUUUUUUAUGUAACUUACAGAAACACCUUCUGUUACUGUGACUGCACACUAUCUGUUCAAGAAUGCUUGGUACAUACUUUAUCGUGCCAUAGGUGUAUGAGGCACUGCACAGGCAAAGAUAAAGACCCUGUAACAUUGCGUUUUAUUCUGCAUUGAUUAUUAUGGACACAUUAUCAAAAAGUAACAAUCAUCGGGCAUGUCUUGUGAAGUUACUAGACAAUAGUCUUGCUUGUUAAAUAAAAUUAUGGUGACAGCACUCUAUGAACAGCUAGUAUUUGUGAGUUAAGACCUAAAGAUACUUUGAAAAAUUGCAGCAGUUUAUUCUUUAAAAUUUAAGAGACCUGGAUUUGGAAAGAAAAAAGUGUGUGACAAAUUUGAAUCUGGUCACUUGUAAGUGAGAAAAAGAAUGAUGUAGGUGAGGAAAAAUAGUAAGUGAAGGCCUGAAUUAAAGGCUAUAGACUAUCAUUACAUUGAAGGAUAAUGCCAGUUCUGCACAUUGAUCCAGUCUAACUCCAUUCUCAUGGGAAUUCAGUUUUAUAAGAUGACUCCACAUUCCUUUCUAUUGUGUUUCACUCAUUCCAUCGGAUGUGUUUUAUACGUAGUUAAUCUAGGUUAGUAGAGAUCCCCAGCAGCAUUCUAACAAAGUCAAGCCUGUAUUUAUCGGUGCUACUGUUUCAGUCUGUCUAGACAAGGUGUAAUUGCUGUGUGUUGAUUUAAAUGAGAUGAUGUCCUUCACAAUCAUAUUGAGUAAACAUAUUUAUGGAAAAUACAGCAAAAGCCGCAGGAGAAUGUACAUAUUUGGAUUGCCACCGCUGGCCACUAAGUAUUUGUGGCUAUUUUCUCUCUUUGCACUCUCCUUUUACUUAGUUCACAGGAAGGUGGAUAGGAAGUUGGACUCUUAUUCUGUGCUUCUUGAAAACUCCAUGUUCCUUUUGAAAUCAGAUUGUUUAUCCACAUGUUCUGAAAACCCAAGUAAUGCAAGUCUGGUUUCUGGUGGAUGAGUAAAUGGUAACACCUACAGCGUGCGUUAUCUUGGUAUCCUGAAGCGGGUAUACUGUUUAUCCAUGGUUAGUUGUGUAGAAGAAUUCUUAAGAGUAGGUAAUCUCAUCUUCAAAAGCAAGCCUCAGUGAGUUGGUAAACUGUACACUUUCAGUCCACUGCAUUUUUUUUUAAUUUGGAUUUUUGAAUACAGGACUCAAUGAAUUUAUAUAAGUAGCCUAUUAAGUCUUGCUUCAUUAUGAAUAUGCACACAAUUAGUAUUUAAAGGAUUGGACAUUGGAAAAAUACUGUCUUUUCAAAUCUUAGGACAAAGCUGGCCGCGGAUUUCUUCAUCGUUAGUUUGUUCCUAAAAAUCUGUAUCAUCUUAUAUUUAGGCUAUCUGAAAUUAAAAGAUUAAGUAGAAUUCUAACAGAGGAUUGGCACCAUCUAAAUGGAUAAUGUUCCUGCCAUUAAUCUCCUACACUUGAUAUAACUGUACACUCAAUGUGACAGAGUUCAGGCACAACAGCGCAGAAAAUCAAACCAAGAUGAUACCACCAUCGCCCAAAAGUACUGAUGCCUCGUUUAAAUUAAGAAAUAAAGAGAUAUUGUAGGUUUGCUGUCUUCAUGUUUUUCCCCACUGGAAUGCAACUGGAAGGAGACUGGAAAUGCUAUUUUUUUAAGUGAAAAAUGGGAAGUCAAACUUCAAAAUACUCUGUAUUUAAAUAGCAUGAUGAAAAUGCAAAUACAUGCUGAUCAGUGAAUGAGAAUGUUACUGCGUUUUCAGCACAAGAGAAGAUGGUCAUGGCUUAAUUUCAAUGUACUUCAGUUCUUUUGUCUUUAUUCACAGGAUACACGCAUUAAAUUUACUCUAUACUAAAAUCUUAUUCCUGACUUGAAUGACACUGGUUUUGCCUGUGCAUGGGUGGUAUUUUCUACACUUUGAAUAAUUCAAACUUGUUACUGUCACUAUUUAUUU